CCGGAAAAUGAGACUGGUUGAUUUUGAUUUUAGAACCCAUUUUUCAUUUCCGGUUAAGAGCUGACCUUACCCUGAGAUCCUGCUAGCCAGCUGAUUGCCGAUUGCGGAUUGUUGAAGAACUGAUAUUGGGUAAGACAAAAUAAUUUGAGCAGCAAAAUGUACAGACUGUGGAAGACAAUCACACCUAGAAAAAUUUUAAAAGGCAGAACAUUUUCUUCUAAUGUCAUUGAGAUAUCAGAAGAGGUAAGAGAAGCAUUGCAUUAUGGGAAGCCAGUUGUUGCUUUGGAGUCGACCAUCAUCACUCACGGCAUGCCUCAUCCUCAGAACCUUCAAACGGCAUUAUCUGUGGAAAAAAUUGUCAGGGACAAUGGGGCGACCCCAGCCACUAUAGGGAUACUGGGAGGCAAAGUCCACGUGGGCUUGUCCAACCUGGAGACUGAGUAUUUAGCUGAUCCUGCUACUUCUGCGGUUAAGACUUCACGGAGGGAUUUCCCCGGGGUCAUCAGCUCGAAACUGAAUGGUGGCACCACUGUGAGUGGUACAAUGGUUGUGGCAAACAUGGUGGGGAUCCAGAUCUUUGUGACCGGCGGUAUAGGAGGGGUUCACCAUGGGGUACAGGAAACUAUGGAUAUAAGUGCAGAUCUAACAGAACUAGGCAGAACCCCUGUCACUGUUAUUUCUUCAGGAAUAAAGUCUAUCCUAGACAUCGGCAAAUCACUGGAAUAUCUGGAGACGGAGGGAGUUGCUGUGGCAACAUACGGCUCUUCUCGAGAAUUUCCAGCAUUUUUCACACCACAUAGUGGUUUCCAAGUGCCGUACAAUCUCAUUAACCCAACCCAGGCUGCACACUUUAUAGAGGCUCAGAUGAAGAUGCAGCUUAAGUCGGGGAUUCUGAUUGGUGUACCCAUUCCUGCAUCUGAUGCCAGCCAAGGGGAGAUAAUCCAGCUAGCCAUAGAUUCCGCUAUAUUAGAAGCAAAAAAAGAGAAGAUAUCAGGUAAAGAUGUGACUCCCUUUAUCCUGGAGAAAGUGAAUGAACUGACAGGAGGAGCAUCUCUAGAAGCCAAUAUGAACCUUAUCCAUAACAAUGCCCGUGUGGGAAGCCAGAUAGCGUACAAACUAUCCAAACUCCUCAAAUCCAAGAAAGGCAGACCGAACAUUUCCCAGGUGACAAAACACACAGAGGAAACGGAGAAGACAGAUGUGGUGGUGAUCGGUGGAUCUAUUGUUGAUUUUUAUGCAAGAGUCAACUCGGACAAUUUUCAGAGUAAUGGUGCAACCUAUCCAGGAGGAGUCGAUCAAUCAUUUGGAGGGGUGGGAAGAAAUUUGGCAGAUGGAUUGACACGUCUAGGUGUUAAUACACUGUUCAUUUCUGCCAUUGGAAAAGAUUCACACAGAGCUGGAUUUAAAUCCUAUUGUAGUCACAUGAACCUAGAAGCUGUGCUAGAACUGGAAGGCCAGAGAACUGCCACCUAUUGUGCUGUACUGCAGAAAGGGGGACAACUCCUGUUUGGGAUUGGUGACAUGGACAUUCACAGCCAGAUUACUCCUGAAUAUAUAGAGAAGUACCGGGAGGCUAUAGAGGAGGCUAAGAUGGUGUGUAUUGAUGGUAAUGUGACAGUGGAGGCAUUACGGCGGGCCCUACAGAUCACACAGGCCAAUAACAUACCAGUUUGUUUUGAACCAACAGACAUACACAAGGCCAGUAAACCAUUCCAGGUCAACAUCAGGAAAGCUGUUACGAUAACAACACCCAAUCUGAAUGAGCUCAGAACCAUGUACAAGUUCUUAACAGGAAGUUUAGAUUCUGCCUAUGGCUGUACGGGUUCAGAUGAUCAGCCAUUGAAUAGUGUGUUGAUGGAAUGUGUCCUGUUAUCCAAAGUCAUCGCAUUACACAUUCCUACAGUGGUAGUCACUCUUGGGAAGCACGGCAUGGCCCUGUGUCAGAGACACAAGACAAAGAAACCAGACCAAAGCAUCAUACUCAGAGAUGGAAGUUAUUUGACUGUUGACUGGUACCCAGCAGUGCCAAAGGGACAGGAACCACACAAAAUUGUCAGUGUGUCAGGGGCUGGAGACUGCUUGAUUUCAGCCAUAAUUUCUGGGAUGAUAAGAGGUCAUGACCUUGACCUCAGCAUAAAAAAAGGUCUUCAGGCAGCUCAGCUCUCUCUUCAAUCCCAUCAUGCAGUGCCUGUCUCCCUCUCACAGACACAGAUAGAACUGAUGGAUGAGGCGUGGAAACAGUUGACCUGUACCAGAAUAACAGAAGACUGAAAGUUAGACGACUUGAGUAACCUAGUGAUAAGAAGGCUUCUAUUUUCUCAAGUAAGGGUAAAUUUUAAAAUGAAUGACAGAUUCCAUUGCAUUCCCUAAUAGUGUACCUUAUAUGAUAUAGCUAAUACAAGCUUCAAAAGCUACAUUUUCUCCACAAAAUAUAAACAGGUAUGUUUUAUCUCAUGUCAAUUAUCUCAUCCAAGAAAUCCGAUAAACAUUUGAAGUUUACAUUAACUUACUGAUGUGACUUAUUGCUGUUUAUCUUUCCUUGUUCUUUCCUUGAAUGAAUAUUACAUUAUGUUUAUUUUUUUAUUUCUAAUUCUACUAGAACCUUUGAGUUGCAUUUUUUAAAAACCCAGAUAUCCUCAAAGGUCUCAUAGCAGAAAGCAUAUUAUGGAAGAUAGGGCUAGUAUAAUUAUGUACCCUGAAUAGUAUUCUGGGUAGCUGUUUGAUAGAGCAUCUAACUCUGAUACAGAGUUUUCCUUGUUACCAACUUGCAUUCCUUGUUACCAACUAUAAUUUAUAAACCUAAAUGUUUUCCAAAAAGUAGUUUUUUUCUUUUCCAAAUAUAACAAGAUACUGUACCUGGUAUAUGAAAUAUGAAUAUUUAGCUUCCAUCUAAUUUUGGCAUUAUCAGCAAAAGUAUUAGUAGUGCUAAAAAUUAUGUUAUACUGCUAGUUAUUUCAUCUUAGAAAAUUAAAUAAUCCCUAAAAUCUUCUUAAAAUCUCAAAAUAAUUAAGGCUGAUAAGAAAUGGCCAAAUUUUGGAUGGCUAAUUGGUCUGAUACUUCAUUUAUGUUACAUAAUAGAAAUUAAUACGUAUACCGGUAUUUACAUUCCACAGUUAUUUAUAUUAUAUGCAGUUUAUUUACCAAUAUAAUAUUAUAUUAAAUCAGAUAAAGGAUGUAAUACAUGUCUGCUGAAGUGUCCCUGGAGUUUAGCUCUGCUUUGUAGGCAGCACAAAAAUAUCAUUUCAAUUGUCAAUAAACCAAAAAUUUUUUUAAAAUCAAAAAAUUAUUUGUAAUAUGCUAACACAAAAAAUUUACUAAAUCAAAGUCACCUGGGUGAUUAAAAUAAGUACUCUAUGAAAUGCAUUAGAUAAUCCAUAAAUGUUUAAAUCCAUUAUAAAUGUUAAAAAAGGAUAUUGAUGAAAACUUCAUAGAUUUUUUUCAAUACUUUAAAUUGAUUCAGUAAUAAACUUAGUACUAUGUCAAUAUAUCAAAUUUUUAGUCCCAGCCUCUUUUUUUUCACCCUUGUUAUCUGAUAAUAUCUGAAAUUUUAUUCAUAGUCCCAUCAAAUUCUAUAUUUAAGAAGGUUUGACUGUACUUUAUUUUAUAUUACAUGAUAUACCGAUGA